AUGAAGCACAGGAAUGAAAGCGUUCCAGAGGAUUUUGUUCUCAUGGGCUUUACCAGAUACCCGCGGCUAGAUCUCCCUCUCUUCUUCAUCCUGCUUACCUCCUACCUGUUCACACUGCUGGGAAACGCUGCUAUCAUUCUCGUCUCGCGGUUGGAUCCCCAGCUCCAAAGCCCCAUGUACUUCUUUCUCACCAACCUUUCCUUUCUGGAUCUCUGCUUCACCACGACAACGGUCCCUCAGAUGCUAUUUAACUUAGGGGGGCCCAACAAGAACAUCACUUACAUAGGCUGCAUGGCCCAGGCCUACGUGUUUCACUGGCUGGGCUGCACGGAAUGUGUCCUGCUGGGUAUCAUGGCCUUGGAUCGCUACGUGGCUGUGUGCAAGCCUCUGAGGUACUUGGUUAUCAUGGACCACCAGGUCUGCAUGCAGCUGUCCAGUGCAGCCUGGCUCACUGGCCUGGCCAAUUCCCUCCUGCAGUCCACACUCACUGUCCAGCUGCCCCUGUGUGGGAACCGGAUGCUGGACCACUUUUUUUGUGAGCUGCCUGGUUUCAUUAAGAUGGCAUGUGGGGACACCACAGUCAAUGAGAUUACGUUAGCAGUGGUGGCCACAUUCCUUAUCAUGGGUCCCCUCUCCAUGAUUCUUGUCUCUUAUAGUUACAUUGCGCGGACUGUGUUUCGAAUCCCUUCCAGGGCUGGGAGACUCAAGGCCUUCAACACUUGCUCUUCACACUUGCUGGUGGUGUCUUUAUUUUACGGGCCUGGGAUCUAUAUCUACAUGCAGCCCUCGGGGGAUGGGUCUCAAGACGUCAUCAAGGUCUUGACCCUCUUUUACUGUGUCAUUACUCCUAUGGCCAAUCCAUUCAUCUACACCCUGAGAAACAAGGAAGUCAUAGGCGCUUUGAGGAGGCUUCUGAGGAAGGCCAUUUCAGAUAAGAAGGCAUGA